GAGCGGCCGCGGUGGGACCUGCCCUCCGCCCGCACCUGCCGCGCCCGCGCCGCACCGGAGCCCGCCUCGACCCUGCGCCCUCCGCCGCCGCCUCCUCUCUCGGUUCGGAAUUUUUUUUUUGGAGGGCGGGGGAGCGGUCUCAAGCUCUUUUCUUUGGGACCUAGAAGAGUGGCCCUGGGCGACAAUACUGGGCGGAUUCCAGGAAAGUGGAGGCAGAAGGAGCGGGUGCUGGGCCGGCAGUCGCUCACCAAAGCCCCUGUCCUGCCGGGUCCCCUCGCCACCCCGGCCCGGGCUGCGGUGACAGCUUGGGGGGCUAGAGAGCCGGCUGGAGGAGACCCCGCGCAUUGUCUGCUGCGCGACGGGGACGUGGGCGUGCCUGCUGGCUUCACCUCCUCCGAGGACCAGCAGCCCGGGGAGGAGCGCCAGCGCCUUGGCUCUGGGUUGUUUGUCCGUGGAGCAGCUGGUUCCCGGAGCCCGUGAGCCUCCCGGCCAACACGAGUGACAGCGACCUUCUGAGUUUAUAAUAAAGGGCUUAAAACGCCGGAAAGUCUCCCAGCCGCUGGCCACCAACCUUGCAGCCCUCCCCUCCCUGAGGCCCACGCUCUGAUCUGGUGACCGAGGAGAGCUGUCACUCUCUGGAAGGUGCCUGCCUGCCCUUGAACUUAAUUGUGUGAAGUUGUGUGAGUGGAGAACAGAGCCACUGCCAGAAGGAGGAGGAGAUGAGGCUGGCAGGAAGCUUCUCGGUGUGACUUCUACCUCCAGAAGGUGCAGGGCAUCUCCAGAGAGCCUGGAUCCAGGAUUAGUCAUCUAUGACACAUCCCAUUUUGUGACAGAGCUCCGUGUCAGUGGCAACGUCAAUGGCGCGACUCCCUGUGGGCAUUCGUUUUAUUGUCUCGUUCUCCAGGGAUCAGUGGUACAGAGCCUUCACUUUCUCUCUGACGUUUUUGCUGUAUGCCAGCUUUCACUUAUCUCGGAAGCCUAUCAGCAUAGUUAAGGGUGAACUCCACAAGUACUGCACUGCGUGGGAUGAGGCUGAAGUCAGACUCAGCAGCCAGAGCAACAAGGCUGGGUCCGCUACCCCUCAUCAGCUCCCAGACAACAAGACCGACUGCGGCUGGGCACCAUUUGAUAAGAGCAACUAUCAGCAAUUGCUGGGGGCCCUGGAUUACUCCUUCCUGUGCGCCUACGCCAUUGGGAUGUACCUGAGUGGCAUCAUAGGGGAACGUCUGCCGAUUAGGUACUACCUGACUUUCGGGAUGCUCACCAGUGGAGCCUUUACCGCCCUGUUUGGGUUGGGGUAUUUCUACAAUGUCCACAGUUUUGGAUUCUACGUGGUAACUCAGAUCAUCAAUGGAUUGGUGCAGACCACCGGCUGGCCCAGUGUUGUCACCUGCCUCGGCAACUGGUUUGGAAAAGGAAGGCGUGGUUUGAUUAUGGGCAUCUGGAAUUCCCACACCUCAGUGGGCAACAUUUUAGGGUCCCUGAUUGCUGGCUACUGGGUGUCCACAUGCUGGGGCCUGUCCUUCGUCGUUCCUGGAGCCAUUGUGGCAGCCAUGGGGAUAGUGUGCUUUCUCUUUCUCAUCGAGCAUCCGAAGGACAUCAGGUGCUCCUCCACCCUGCUGACGCAUUCAAAAGGCUAUGAGAAUGGUACAAACAGAUUUAGACUCCAGAAGCAAAUCUUUAGCAACGAGAAGAACAGGCCUCUGGACCCAGAGAUGCACUGCUUACUGCCAUCCGGCGGUAAUGGCACCCAGCCGAACCACAUCGUCGUUCUCCCGGGGGACGGCGGGAGUGGCAUGGCCGCCAUCAGCUUCAUAGGGGCCUUGAAAAUUCCAGGCGUGAUCGAGUUCUCUCUGUGUUUGCUGUUUGCCAAGUUGGUCAGCUAUACUUUCCUCUUUUGGCUUCCACUGUACAUCACAAAUGUAGAUCACCUUGAUGCCAAAAAAGCAGGGGAGCUCUCCACCUUGUUUGAUGUGGGUGGGAUCUUCGGUGGAAUCCUGGCAGGUGUGAUCUCAGACCGGCUGGAGAAAAGGGCCUCCACUUGUGGCCUGAUGCUACUGCUUGCAGCCCCGACGCUCUACGUCUUUUCCACCGUCAGCAAAAUGGGUCUGGAAGCCACUGUAGUGAUGCUGCUCCUCAGUGGGGCCCUGGUCAGUGGGCCCUACGCGCUGAUCACCACCGCCGUCUCCGCCGACCUGGGGACUCAUAAGUGUCUCAAAGGAAACUCCCAUGCCCUGUCCACUGUGACUGCCAUUAUCGAUGGAACCGGGUCUGUAGGAGCCGCGCUGGGCCCCCUGCUGGCUGGGCUCAUCUCCCCCUCUGGAUGGAGCAAUGUCUUUUACAUGCUGAUGUUUGCAGAUGCCUGUGCCUUAUUGUUCCUGAUCCGCCUCAUACACAAGGAGCUGAGCUGCCCGGGGACGGCAACCAGCAACCAAGUUCUGUUCAAGGAACACUGACCAUGCAAGUCCCAUGGAGGGAGUCUGGGCCCAUCCUCCGCAAACUGUCUUUCAAGGAAAAGUUCAAAUAAAGGAUCCUGUGUUGAAAAGAAUGAUUUACCCUUGCCUUUUGCACAUGCACCUGGAAAGACACAAAAGCCAACUUGAGAAUUCCUGGUACUAUUUAGAACGAGGCAUGGGGCUCAGUACAGCAGUGAGUAAAACCCAUGGAAACUGCCGCCCGACUGCCUUAACUGACCCUCCAGCCGCGGGCCCCGCGGGCGUGUCCGUCCAGCCCUCAAAUGAGUGUGGCACGACACAGGACAACACAUGGAACCUAGGCGGUCUCUGUCUCUCUCAGGUACUUCAGCAACAGAAUGUUACAGCGUGUGCACCGUGCUGGCAGGAGCUCUGGUAACAGCAUGCUGUCGUGUCCAGAGAACCUAAAUGUGCUGUGUGGGAAAACAGGACACUGGAGCGCACGAGAAAAGUGCCAGCCAGCAAAGAGCCAGACUCUACAUGACAUCAGAAAGCCCAGCAACUGGGUCAGAAACCAAGACAAAACUUAGACCCAUCACAUCACCCAGAGCUUUUUCCAGCACUUUCUAUUUCUGUACUGACCUGAAAACUGUCAUUGUCGAGAAGUGAACAGCAAUGAAGCAAUAAACCUGCCAACGGAAGGGCAGCCCCCAGAAUGCCAGCCCCAGAGCACCCUGAUCGCUGGUAUCCAAGACCCUGGGAGCUCCUGCUGCUGUCAGGGCUGCAGCAGGGGCCUGGAAGGGGGCUUUGCAGUAGGUGCUGGGAGGAGCGGGUCUCCAGCCUAGCAACUUGAUUCACCCACGACACGCACAAACACCUGGGACUGCUUUUAGGCACGUAGCAACAGAGCAGGUUAUUUAUUUAGAAUGAGUAAUGUGUUAUAUGACAUUUAAGAAACAUAAAUGGCAUUCUGUUAUUUAUUAAGACAAACUCCAAUUGUUCUUUUGCCACUUGUUUUCUCAGUUUUGUCUAGCAAAAUACUUAU